CCGCUAUCUAUGAGACACUAGCUGCAGGCCGCAGUAACCUGGAUGACUCGGGUCUAUCUGAGCCCCACUCUCACAUUAAUAAUGCGAUGCUGUCACUUCCAGCCAAACAGGAGAAAGUAGGAAGGGUUGCUAUGCAGAUAAACUCAUGUGUCACACGAUUUGCAGAAUCCAUAUAAAAAGAUAGCGAGCAGAUUAAAUUCAUACCAGUAGUAGUUAUUUUGAGGGAAAUACAAACGCCAUUUUUUUUUUCUUCCAUAAUGCUGUGUUGCAGUGAACUCCAUUAUUUUUUUUAUUUUUUUUAUUAUCAUACUAAGGUUUCAAAAUUUCCGCCAGCGCUGCCAGCCGGAUCCAUCUGACAGGAACUUAAAAGUCGAAUUUACUUCCUUGAAAUUGGUUUAAUAACCAAACAGAGAGAGGAGCAUUAUACUACUGAACAAUAAUAAUGGGUAUUGUGAAACUGGCAGAAUUAAUACGCAAUGUUGCGCCGGAUGCGAUCUCUCACAAAACAAUAAGUGACUAUUCAGGUAAGAAGAUCGCUGUGGAUGCCUCUAUUGUGCUAUUUCAGUUCCGCACGGCCGCCCCUGAGAUCCGCAACCGCGAUGGAUCACACCUCAGCCCCCUGGUCGGUUUGUUCUACCGCACGCUGCAUUUCUUAGAGAAUGACAUCAGGCCAGUCUAUGUCUUCGAUGGACUCCCGCCUGAGCAGAAAGUGGCGCUGCUGGAGAGGCGAGCUGAGGCUGGAGGGUAUACCAGGACACAAAGGCCAGUCUCCAACCAAGUACAGGACUGCCAGAAAAUACUAAAGCUGUUAGGAGUACCAUAUCUCCAGGCCCCCAGUGAAGCUGAAGCUCUGUGUGCAGAGUUGGUGAAGUGUGGUGAAGUGGAUGGAGUGGCUUCAGAGGACAUGGAUGUUCUGCCGUUUGGGAGCUCACUGCUAAUCCGCCAGAUCGGUACCAAAGAGCACAGGGGUGUGGUGGAGUACUCCUUGCCAAAGGUGCUGAAGACACUGGGACUCACACACGAGCAGGCCUGUAUCAUGGGAAGUAUAUUUGCCAUGAAAGAGCAGAGAAAUGAUCAGUGUUGUAGGACCAUAGAAUUUGUAGAUCUGUGUAUUUUGCUUGGCUGUGAUUAUUGUGAGAAGAUUGGCGGCCUGGGACCGAAGCGAGCACUGGCCCUUAUUCAGCAACACAAAACCAUUGAGGAUGUUCUUCUAAAUAUCAACCGAACGACACACCCAGUCCCUGAGAACUGGAAAUACCUUGACGCUCGCAAACUCUUCUUGGAUCCCGAGGUAGCUAAUCAGACAAGCCGAUCGCUAAGCUGGGAGGAGCCAGACGAGGAAGGGCUGGUGAACUUCUUGUCACAUGAGAAAUAUGUCAAGGAGGAACGAAUAAGGCGCAGGAUGGAGAAGUUUCGUAGAGUGCGGGAGGACAGGAAGCAGAGAGGGUCUGGUGAGGGGAAACAGCAUCAAACACGCAUGGACGAUUUCUUCAGAGUGACACGAAGCAGACAGGCACCAGAUGCUGUGGACCAAACCGUCAGCAAGAAAUCGAAAUUCUAGAUAGAGAGCAUUUCCACUGGGAUACAGCAAGUGUAACAGUUGACUGGAUAUGGAUGACACCUCUAUUGAUGGGCAGACAUCUGAACUGUUUAUCAAGAAGACUGUGACUGGAUUAGAGCUGGAGGAGUUUGUUUCCCUGGUGAAGACUGAGAUCUCUGUGGAAGUGACUGUCCUGUGUCAGGAUCUCUUGUAUUAUAUGGUUAGGAUUAUAACUUUUGUUUUUAUGUUAAACUCUGGUUUUCAACCAUUGAAAAGUAAGUAUCAGGGUUCUAAAAAAUAGGGCGUUACACGUCCCCACGUGUUGCUACAGCUGUUUAAAUAACUUUUUACACUUGCAACCAACGUCUGUUUCAAAGCUCUUAUCAAAAUGUCCGUUCUACUGCACUAAUAGUGUAAGGAUUAUUGCCAACAUUUUCAAACAGGUAACACAGCAAUAAUGAUCCACGAUAAGGUACAGAAAAGAAAAGCCAGAGCACUUGUUAUAUUUUGUAGUGAUUUAGAGGACCGAUCUCAAACCCGUGGGGACGUAUGACGCUAUAUUUUUCAGAACCCCGCUACUUACUCUUUAAUAUCACGGCAACGGUAGGGGGUACAGUGAUGUUCUUUGGAAUAUAACCACUUUGUGACAUUGUCUCUUUAAAUCUUUAAAUGGUCUUUCAAUAGAAUUGGUAUUUUAAGAUAAAAGGUGUGUCAAAAAGUAAAAAUGUCCCAUGUGUACAAUACAAAAUAUUAUGUAAUCUGUCAGUAAACCUGGAGAAAAAAAAAUGUAAUAGCUAUUCUUAAUGUUGUUUUUUGUCAAGUGUACAUUUGAGUAUUUAGAGAGGUGGCAUUUUCCCAUCAGGUCUGUAACACAAGGAAUUGUGGGAUUUAAGGCCUCUUGUCGGUCUCAUGGAACUGAUUUCGGGCCACGGGCCUCCCUACCUCCUGGUGUGGACUUCCAUUCCUAUUCAAUGAAGCAGCUUUGCAGCUGUCUCUCUCUCUCUCUCUGCUUGCCACAGUGUCAUUGUCGUUAGCUCCUCCUACAACCACAGAAACAAAGACCGUCUGUAUACUUAAAAUGAAUUAACAUUUAAACACGAUCUUCACUUCUUUUUUUUAGGCUGUUAGUUAAAACUUAUUAAUGUUAAAAUACUAAAUGUAUUUUGGAGAGCAUAAUAAAUUGCUUUACAUAACCAAGAA